AUGCUGGUGACCUAUUUGGAAGCCAGCCGGGACCUUUGCGAGACGGAUUCAAUUCUUUUUGGCGCCGCACUGGCAGUAUGCCGUAUUAUUGGCGCCAAACUUCCCGUGGCUGGACGUGCUACUCAAAAAAGUAGCGCCAUCCCAGCCUGGAGAAAAAGAAUUGAGGACCGUAUCGAAAAGGCAAGGGCCCUUAUCGGCAGACUGACAAGCUUCAGGUCGGGUAAUAAUAGACCGAGGAUUAUGCGUACCGUUAGGAUGGCGUUUGCUGGGACAAAUAUCAGUUUGUUCCAACCGGAUAUCACGCAAAAACUAACGGAGCGCAUAGAUGACCUGAAGCAAAAAAUCGCUGUUUGGGGGAAGUGGAUUCGACGAUUUAGCGAGAGGUCAAGGCGGUUCAACCAGAAUCGUCUCUUCCAGAGUGAUCAGAAGAGGCUCUAUAAAUCAUUGGAGCGACCAGAGGUAUGUGGAGCGGGCCCAGGACCGGAUCAGGCUGAGACUGUCGCAUUUUGGCGUGGCCUGUGGUCAGAGCCCGUAAACCACAGCGAUGGCCCUUGGAUGGAAGUUGUGGCGAGCCAGAGUGCAAGUGUUACGCCUAUGGACCCCGUCACCAUAACGCCUGAAGACGUGGCUGAGGCGACCUGGAGACAUCUCUAUCCGUCACUGAGCAAAACCUGGCAGACCGAGUUCGGUACAUCCUGUGCUCCAACAUAUGUUGGUGACGCUGAACUCGAACGACUACGACGUGAGGCUGUUCCCUCAUCGGAUGGAAAUGCUACGGCUGGGAAUGCGACGCCACUAAUUGCGCAGCAAACUGCAAAUGUGGACGCUGCCGUCAAUAUUCCAUUUGUGGUCGAUUCGGACGAUGAUGGAAUAGUCCCCCACGAACUAGAGAAAAUGAGGAGCAUAUUGGAAGAGUCGAUGCUGGAAACGCGCAGCAUGCCUCUCGAAAAUUGA